GAUCAUCUCCUAGCCAACAAGAAUGAAGAAAGAGAUCAGUUUGGAUAUGAGAAGCAGAUAAAAGGAUAAGCCCCCAAAUCACUCCACCGUCCGAUCAACAAUAUCUCUCCCAAUCGACGGUCCCCUGUUAAUCACCAACCUCAGCCACAAGUAGACCGAAUUUUUGAUUCUUUGGCGCAACUGUACUAAUACCCACCACAUUUUCGGACUCCGAUACAAAUCAAACCACUACAAACUCGUUCGCCCAUCGCUUAACUCUCACUGCCACCACCACCACUCGCCGGAGACCCUCCAAGGAAAAUGGCGACUGUCACAACUCAAGCUUCCGCCGCCGUGUUCCGGCCAUGCGCUUCCAAAUCAAGGUUCCUGACCGGGUCUCCGAGCAGACUUACCAGAGAAGUGGCCAUUAAACCAGUGGCUGCUUCGGCCUCCUCUUCUUUGAAAGUGGAAGCCAAGAAAGGCGAAUGGUUGCCCGGUCUCCCUUCCCCGGCUUACCUCAGCGGAAGAGUCUGCCGGGUGACAAUGGGUUCGACCCGCUGGCUCUGGCGGAGGACCCAGAAAACCUGAAAUGGUUCGUGCAGGCAGAGCUGGUGAACGGGCGAUGGGCGAUGUUGGGAGUCGCCGGGAUGCUGCUGCCGGAGGUGUUCACCAAGAUCGGAAUCAUCAACGUCCCCGAAUGGUACGACGCUGGGAAGCAGGAGUACUUCGCAUCGUCCUCGACUCUGUUCGUGAUCGAGUUCAUCCUGUUCCAUUACGUGGAGAUCAGAAGGUGGCAGGACAUCAAGAACCCCGGUAGCGUGAAUCAGGACCCGAUCUUCAAGCAGUACAGCUUGCCUCCAAAUGAAGUCGGGUACCCGGGUGGGAUCUUCAACCCGCUCAACUUCGCCCCCACUCCGGAAGCCAAGGAGAAAGAGCUUGCCAACGGGAGAUUGGCAAUGUUGGCAUUCCUGGGAUUUGUGAUCCAACACAAUGUGACCGGGAAAGGGCCGUUUGAGAACUUGUUGCAGCACUUGUCCGAUCCAUGGCACAACACCAUUGUACAAACAUUGAGUGGCAACUAGAUUUAAUCUGGGUUAUUAAUAUUCCGCCAGCCUCCUUUUUUGGGUACUCUCUGUGGAACUGGCUCUCUUGGUUUGUGAGAGGAAAAGUGUUUUGAUCUUUGGUGUGGUGGUGUAUGGCAACUGCAAGAGAAAACCUUUAAUGUACAGGGCAAGUAACAACCAAGGAAAGAUGGUGGCGACCAGACCACAUUCGUUUCUGAA